AUGUGGAAGCCGAUGCGGCGCGGGUCAUCCUGGCUGGGAACCCUGAGCUACGCCGGGGAACAGCCACCCAUGCCGAGGGGCGGGGUGGCGCGUGCGCACAAGGUCGCCGCGGGAAAUUGGAAAUCAGCCGGCCGGGCCGUGGGGAUCUGGCACAGCUCGGACAGGGGCGCGGCGGCUGCCCUGGCACUGCGGCUGCGGGCGGCCCUGCGGGAGGAGGAGCCGAGGGCCGUGGCGGAGCUGCUGCGCCGCGGCGCGGACCCCAACCUGGUGCUCGUGGACGGCGCGGCGGCCAUACACUUGGCGGCCAGAGCCCGGUACCCGCGCGGCCUGUGCUGCCUCCAAGCCCUGCUGCGCGGAGGCGGGGACCCCAACACUCGAUCUGCAGAGGCGCUGACGCCGCUGCACGUGGCAGCUGCCUGGGGCUGUCGCCGUGGCCUGGAGCUGCUGCUGAGCCAAGGAGCGGACCCGACGCUGCGCGACCAGGACGGACUCCGGCCGCUGGACCUGGCCGUGCAGCAGGGGCACUUGCACUGCGCGCGCGUCCUUCGGGAACUGGACCCGGGGACCCGGACCGGGGCAGAGACCCAAGAGCCUGAGCCCGUGCCCGAGCCUGGCAGUCUAGGCCUCUCUGGACCACCUGAUGGGACACUGGACGUGGCAGCACUGCAGACCCAGCUGGGCAGAGGUUAUGGCAGCCACAUGGGCCUGGAGGCUGGCCCGGGGUCCCCCAGACUUCCUGCUGCCCUUGGGGUUGCAGACAAGGAUAGGAGCUCAGCAUCCCCACUAGGAUGCUGGGACUACAGCUCAGAUGAGUCCUUUGUCACCGCUGUUGAGGUCUCUGGAGCCAAGGACCUAGCCCCAGACACUUGCCCCUGGGCUGGGUUAUUGCCCCCAACCAGGCAGGGACUCCUGCUUAGUGUCCGUCCCACCCAGAGGGUACCAAGGUCUCUGGGUGCCACACAGCUAGCACAUGUAGCCGAGAUUGCGUGCAGCGAGGCAGAACUGAAUGCCCAUCUGCAGGCCCUGACUCUGACCUCACCAGAUGCUGCCAGCUUCCCGUCUUCCUCAUCCACAUCUCUCUCGCAUGGAGGUCCAGUUCGUAGGCCCCCACGGACACUGCCCUCUGGACCCUCUGACUUCCACAUCCAGACAGAUGACCAGACAUCUCUUGAUAGUGAUGUGGCUGCCCUCUGGCUGACAGAUGAUGAGGCGAGCUCCACAGGUGACAGGGAUCCUGUCCCCUCUUGCUGGCACCUGCCAGUCCCUGCUAUGUCCGACUUGGAGCUGCUGCAGGGACCUAGAGUGCUUGGCAAGAGUCCUGGCCCCAUCACGCCCUUCACCCAGCAGUACUACCUCCAACGGCUGGAAGAAGCACAGUUGGCUCCUGGCCCAGACUUCUCAGGCCACAGCCCAGAACUGGCCGAGGCUGUGCGGACAGGCCGGAUCCCUCAUGUCCAGACAGAUGAAGAUGCGCUUGCCCAGCAGUUUGAACGGCCAGAUCCCACCAGGAAGUGGCGGGAGGGAGUCAUGAAGUCCAGUUUCACAUAUCUGCUGCUGGACCCCAGGGAAACUCAGGACCUGCCAGCCCGAGCCUUCUCACUGACCCUAGCUGAGUGUCUUCAGACUUUUGUCCGUGCCAUCUUCUAUGUGGGCAAGGGGACACGGGCCCGGCCAUAUGUCCACCUUUGGGAGGCCCUUGGCCAUCACAGGCGGCCAGGAAAACAGGCCUGCCCCAAGGUACGCCAGAUCUUAGAUAUCUGGGCCAGUGGUCGCGGGGUCAUCUCCCUGCACCGCUUUCAGCACGUGGUUGCCGUGGAGGCUUAUACGCGAGAGGCGUGUCUUGUGGAUGCACUAGGGAUCCAGAUGCUGACCAACCAGAAACAAGGGCACUGCUAUGGAGUGGUGGCAGACUGGCCACCCGCUCGGCGCCGGCGCUUGGGAGUACACCUGCUGCACCGUGCCCUCCUUGUCUUCCUGGCUGAAGGAGAGCGAGAGCUGCGACCUCAGGACAUCCAGGCCCGCGGCUGAGUGCUGGGGAAUCGGCCAUCCAGCCUGGGUAGAGAUCAGGGUGUAUGAAUGUCCCAUCUGCCCCUGCUGAGAGCUCCCCUCUCUGCUUUCAGAAGGCGCAGGCACAUGUGUGUAUGUGUGCGUGCAUGUGUGUAGGGAGCGCCUGGGCAGAUCCCCCUCAGGCUGAGGGAGGCCUUUGUUACAGGGAGGUAGGGAGCGCCCUGUCGAGGAAGACAGGUGGGGAAUCAGAAGAUGCCUUGGCCGUUUAGUGCUGUCUAUGUGGAUGGAGUCCACUUUAAUCUCCCAGACACAGGCACCCACAUUAUGGGAUGGACUGGGGGCUUCCUUAGCUACACUCAGAGUAUCUGUCCAGCUCGAGAGCCAGGUUCCCUGCUUCCCAGCUGUGGGACCUCCGACCAGUAAUUUAUCUGUCUGAGCCUCAGUGUCCUCAGCUGUACAGUGGGGCAGGGAGAGGUCCUAUCCUCUGGGAGUCAUUGUAGGGAUUAAAUGAGGUCGUGUGGGUAAAGGCUGUGGCUCAGAGACCACCACUGAGGCCCCAGGUGGAAAAAUCCCCAUGGAAGGGGAAGUGGGCAGGCAUCUCCAGGGACCGUUUAUGUGAUGAUGUGUAGGCAGGGCCAGGGAGGUCGUGUGGGGGUAGAUGUGAGAGACCAGCCCUCCUUGGGGUCGCUGGUGUUGCUUCUCUGAACCUGUUUCUUCCACUAUAAAAUGGGAUUAACAGGCCAGGCAUGGUGGCUCAUGCCUGUCAUCCUAGCA